UGUCAGUUGUCGCAGGACGUGCAAAAACGAAAAAUGGCGCGGAAAUUCUUCGUCGGUGGCAACUGGAAGAUGAACGGGACGAAGAGCGAGAUCAACGACAUCGUCGCGUUCCUGAAAGCUGGUCCGCUCGAUCCGAAUGUCGAGGUUGUGGUCGGAGCUCCUUCAAUAUAUCUCUCCUAUGUGGCUUCCAUUCUUCCAAGCAAUGUCGGCGUUAGUGCACAGAACACGUACAAAGUUCCUAAAGGAGCCUUCACUGGUGAAAUUAGUCCAGCUAUGCUUGUGGACAAUGGCAUUCCUUGGGUGAUUCUCGGCCACUCCGAGCGCCGAAAUGUGUUUGGUGAGACUGACGAAUUGAUCGCCGAAAAAGUUGCGCACGCCUUGGAAGCAGGAGUAAAAGUGAUUGCGUGUAUAGGCGAGAAGUUGGAGGAGCGGGAAGGAGGAAAAACUGAAGAAGUAGUUUAUAGACAAACCAAAGCGAUAGCAGAUAAAAUCAAAUCCUGGGACAAUGUGGUUUUGGCUUAUGAACCCGUGUGGGCCAUCGGCACAGGCAAAACCGCAACGCCGCAACAGGCACAGGAGGUUCAUGAGAAAUUGCGAGAGUGGUUGUCCAAGAACGUCAAUCCCACCGUUGCGCAAACUUUGCGAAUUAUUUACGGCGGUUCCGUAACGGCAGGCAACGCCAAGGAGUUGGCGAAAGAGAAGGAUAUCGAUGGGUUCUUGGUUGGCGGUGCGUCACUAAAACCCGAUUUCGUACAAAUUGUGAACGCUCGUUCUUGAAUGGAAUCGACAAGUAUUAUCUUCGAAAAAAAACUGUACAUUGAAUAAGACGCAUAGAUAUAUAUAUA